ACAACAAACCUUACUUAUUUUCUCCGAUGUCCAGCCAUUGGUAAAAUUGUUUUAAUGUUGAACCUAUUGCAACUUUCGGACGAUUAACGUUUUAAUAAUUUGUUCAGUUUUCUCGAAAGCUUACCUGAAUUUCAUUGUCAAGUGUCAGGUGGACUAGACACAAAUAAACGAACAAAGACAGUAUAAAAUGCAGUCGCUCGCACUUGAUACGCGAUUAAAAUAGCUACUAGUUGUUUUGAAGGUUAUGUGCCAAGUAUAGUUAUACCGUUGUUCUAAAUAUAAUAAUACACGGUUAAUUAUAAUACCUUUAAACAGAAUAAAACACCGCGAAGGUCGGAGGUGCGGGUUUCUAUUGUGUUUGUCCCGCCAGCUUGACUGUCGAAGAAGAUAAGUCGUGAUUUUUCACAGAGAAGACAUCGUGAAUCGAUAGUGAAAUGUGGAGGUACUGUCAUCAGGAGGAGAGGAUCUCAGAUCUGUUCAAUGAUCUGAUACAAGAAUGCAAGUGUGCGGCGCCAGGAGCGCGGCUCUCGUAUGGCCUGCGAAAUCAUCUGGAAAAGUAUCAGUCGAAGAUACGGAAGAAUAUAGUAUGCCGGCAGAAGGAUGGAUGUGCGCCGUUGUUUAUCGCCUGCAGGAGAGGCAACGUAGAGAUAGUCGAGUAUCUGAUAACUGUUUGCAAAGCUGACAUUGAACAGCGUGGCCUGUACGAAGUACCUGAUGACAGAUCUGUUCAUUGCGUAACUCCUUUGUGGUGCGCUGCCGUUUCUGGUAGGUUGCGGGUCAUCGAAUGUCUCGUCUCCCAUGGGGCAGAGAUCGACGCUGUUUCCGAUACUGGUUCAACGCCUGUUAGGUCGGCCUGCUUCAUGACACACCCACAUAUCGUCAUGUAUCUUGUGGAAAAAGGGGCCGAUAUAUUCAGGGCUAACUACAACGGCGGUACUUGUUUAAUAAAUUCUGUGCAGAGUUACGAAUUGUGCAAGUUUCUGUUGCAAAACAAAGCCGAUGUCAAUGCUAGGGAUGUACAGAAUAAGACUGCCUUGCACUACGCCAUCCAAGAACACAGAUUUGCCACGGCCAAACUCUUACUUGAUCACAAUGCUGAUCCGACUAUACGAUCUAGCGAUAAUGAUGACGCCCUUCAAAUAGCUUGCUUGAAGGGAUCUACCCAAAUUUUUGAUUACCUUAUCGAAAACAUCACCUACUCGCCAGAAAGAUUAGCGGAUGCGCAUGAGUUGAUGGGUUCGACGUUUUUGGAAGAGGAUAACGCCCCUCAUUCAACUAUUAAAUACUGGCGAGUAGCUCUAGCGAUAAGAAAUGCUUACACAGUAAACAAUGAGCCACUGCCCAAACGACCUGUCGUACCUAAACAGGAGUGUUUUGGGAACGCGACAGAAUUUACUACUGUAGAAGAGCUUGAUGCUAUCGCCUUGGAUGUCGACGCUAUCAGAAUACAGAGUCUUUUAGUUUGCGAAAGAAUACUUGGAUCUCAUCACAAAGACACACUGUUUAGAUUGAUUUAUAGAGGUGCCUCUUACGCGGACUCUCUGAGACAUCAAAGAUGCAUCGAUCUGUGGAGGCGAGCACUCAAGAUUCGGGUAGAAAAAGAUUCUAUACUGUGCAGCGAUACCUGUUUCAUUGCGCAAGCUCUAGUUAAGCUAAUGGUGGAUAUUAACGAAAAGAAGAUAGAAUAUGAUGAUAGAAUGCCGGAGAAAAGAAAGCCAGAAUUUAGUGACGUUGAAGCAAUCUUUCAUCUCUUGGCUACUCCACUUACAGAAGCAAGGCAGCUAUUAGAAAUCCGUCCAGUUCACAAAAGGCAGCAGGACAGCUACGACCAUAUUCUAAAAUGCGUUACCCACCUCAUAUACCUCCUGGUCGAAACAGCACGAACCGAAAGUGAGAAAGCACAAGCUCAAUUACUGGUCUGCAAUCUGGUCAGGCAAAGUCCGAGAUCCGCUUCCACGGGAGAUUCUCUCCUUCAUCUCUGCGCAUCAAGAUUGAACACUAUCAGAUCUAGCUACUUUCCCAGCGAUGACAUACAGAUGAUAUUCCCACACUUCGAAGUAAUCAGGCUUCUUCUGUUAUGCGGAGCCCACGUUAACGUCAGAAACGAAUUUCGGUCAACUCCCCUUCACGUUGCUAGUAAUGCCUACAACUUUUCAAACCCGCUGAUCAAACUCCUCCUCGACUACGGAGCGCAUUUGGACAUGCCCAACAAGUCUGGCGACACUCCAGCCCGUCUGAUAUCCCUAAAUCCUCACAACAGUGUGAACUUGGUUAAUUACAUAACUCUGAAGUGCCUCGCUGCACAAAUUGUUUGCAAGUAUGCGAUACAUUGCACCGAGGUGCCGAGGACACUUCACAGAUUUUUGGAAUUCCAUAAGGAAUAGAAAUCUUAACGUUUCUAGUCGCGUUUUAAUUAAUGAACUGAUGUGAGCCUGAAGUAAGACGCU